UCUGAUUAAAACGUGCUACAACAAAGUGCGUUGAUUUUCAACGUCAGUAGUGAACGUUUCGUGUGAUUUAUUCGUUGAUAUUAAGUAAAUAUUCUUCUAAUCUUGAAGAAAAAUGACAAAGAACGAGGAGAAAUUUGAUGGAAUGUUGCUGGCUAUGGCUCAGCAACACGAAGGCGGUGUGCAAGAGCUUCUAGACACAAUCUUCAGUUUUCUUGCGAGGAAAACGGAUUUCUAUACGGGAGGAGGGGAAGGAGCUGCAGAGAAGCUUGUUAUGAGCAAAUUUAAAAAGCACGAAGCUACGGCUGUUACCAAAGCAGCUAGUGAAAAGGCAGAGCGUGCAGAGCAAGAGAGACGUCGCAAAGAAAGAAUAGAAAAGAGGAAGAAAGAAGAAAAGGCUAAGGAGGAAAAGUUCUACUCAGAGUCAAAGAUUGUCGAACUGACUGAUGAACAGGCUGUUAAGUUACAAGAAGAGAUAGACAAUAAGAAAUCGGCAAAAGAAUCACUUGCUGUUCCUGGUCCAAGUGGUGAUAAUGAUUAUAAUAGUCAUAAUGCGCAUAAUGGUGAUAAUGCGCAUCAUGGUAAAAAGGAUGACAUGGAAGAUGAGGAAGAAGAUGAAAAGGAAAAGAACAAACUUCGGCCUAACAGUGGAAAUGGAGCAGAUUUGCCCAAUUACAGAUGGACUCAGACACUUCAGGAUUUGGAGAUCAAAGUGCCUCUGAAAGUGAACUUCUCGGCCAGGCCCAAGGACGUUGCCGUGACGAUGACGAAGAAGCACCUGACCUGUGGCAUCAAGGGUCAGCCGCCGAUCAUCGACGGUGAUUUUCCACACGAAGUCAAAGUGGAAGAAUCCACUUGGGUGAUCGAGGAUGGAAAAUUGCUAUUGAUCAAUCUGGAGAAGGUGAACAAAAUGCAAUGGUGGGCGCACGUGGUGGUCUGUGACCCAGAGAUCAGCACGAAGAAGGUAAAUCCUGAGCCUAGUAAACUCUCCGAUCUCGACGGUGAAACCAGAGGUCUAGUGGAGAAGAUGAUGUACGACCAGAGACAGAAGGAACUGGGCCUGCCAACGUCCGACGAACAGAAAAAGCAAGAUGUGAUCAAAAAGUUCAUGGAACAGCAUCCUGAGAUGGACUUCUCUAAGUGCAAAUUCAACUGAAACGAUUCAACUAAUUUGUAAAUGACCGAAUGUUCAAGGUUUCCCGAAACUGAUUAUACAGAAGAUACGAGAAAAAUAUGAUAUAAAAACAGAAGGAAAAUAUUAUCGAUAUAUGCCGUCGCAAAUCCAGUGAAACUCUUUAUGGUACUUUGUUAAAUGUCACGACAUAGCCUGCACUAAUUAGUUUGCGUACCACGCGUCCCUGGAGUGUUACCAAGCGCGAGAGAUGGCACCACGAUCCAGUCAAACAUUGGAUCCGUCGUUAUGGUAAAGAAUUUUCUAGAUUUUCAAUAACGCUCGCUUGACACUUCCAUUUUCUUUUCCUUCGACUAUCUUCGAAGCGUUCGGUUUCGAUUAAUGCUCUAAAACGAGUACAAUAUCGGUCUGCACAAAUGUAUAUUGUACGAUUUUUUUCACGUUACAUUUCAUAUAAUUUGAAUAAAGAAUAUGAGGAAGAAAGAGA